AUGUCGUGGGCGCCGCAGUCCUCUUCCGCACUCGUUGUGCAAGCCCUCCGUCGCGGGGACCAUGAACCCGUACCCCAGCAGCAGCUCCGCGUUCGUCUUCAUGCUGUAGUUGUUGAACACCUGCUCGCCCGCCCCGUGGCUCCUGCCCACCCUCAGCUCGCAGGCGUCCUUGCCGCCGCCGCCGCCGCCCUGCCUGAGCUCCCAGCGCGCCUCGACCGUCAUGUCGUGGUUCCCGAUGUCAAAGAGCGGCAGCAGAACGGAGAAGUCGUCCAUCCCGACGCCUUGGGGGAGGGUCUCGGCCGCCGCCGGCGAGAGCACGAGGCUGGGCCUGAAGCUCCGGCUCGAGAAGAUGCAGUACGCCCACUGGUACAGCUGCACAGUUGCAGCGCGGACAAAGUCCCCUUCCUUCUCGGCGUGGUGCAGUUUCAGCAGGGCCGUGACGUCCUCGUACUCCCUCUUCACGUCGCGCCGGAUCUUCUCCAGCCCGACCUCGACAAGGGCGCCAGCGCCCAGCUCGCCUUCUCGUCUGGCUGCGGCAGGGCCUGGAUGUACGGCCACCAGAACGAGUCCCUGCCGCGGAGGUACUCCCUGACAAGAAACAAACGGCCCACGACGUGCGGCGGCGUCCUGGAGACGAGCUCCGGGUGGAAGCAGCCCUGCGAGACGGCAUUGAGGUACGACAGCGAGAGGGACGUCGGCAGGCUCACGACCGUCUCCCAGGCGGGGAGGGCAUGCCCGUCCUUGACACGGAACGAGAAGCCCGUGACGGGGUCGUCAUGGACCUCGAGAUGGUUGUUCAAGACGGCCCCGUGGCUCGAAGCCCAUUGGACCAAAGUGGCGAUUCGAGGGUCGGCAGCCAUUGGGGAUGUGGUUCUCAGCAAGAUCUGCACAUUCGCUCUCCAACACGAAGGUUCCAGGGCUCACUCAACUGACUCCAAAUGA